GGGGGGGGGGUAAUGGGUAUUUCGGUGUAGUGAUUUGUGGUUCCUUUUUGGUUGUGCGAUUUUGGAGCAAUUGAUUUCUCAAGGCGGAGUUGAGUCCCGUUGGAUUAAAGUGUCGGCAAUUGAUUAGAAUUAAUUCCUGUUGUUGGUGGUGGAGUUCUAGGUCCUCUAUCUCUUAAUCUAGUUUUCUUCGAUCUGCUGUGGCGGAGAUUAGAGGCUGUACAGUGAUUUGUUAAAGGAGAGUGCUUUGUAGGGGAUUUGUGGCACUUUGUGCUAUAAAAAGGACUUGCCCUCUUUGAUAAGUGCGGAGCACUUCUAUCCAGCUAAGAAAUUUCUUUAAAUGGAUCAUGCAAUUGGUGGGAAGUAUAAGCUCGGUAAAAAGAUCGGAAGCGGCUCUUUCGGAGAGCUCCAUCUUGGUGUGAACAUACAGACCGGAGAGGAAGUCGCCAUUAAACUGGAAACUGUAAAAACGAAGCAUCCCCAACUCCAUUAUGAGUCAAAGGUCUACACACUACUUCAGGGAGGAACCGGCAUUCCACAUCUAAAAUGGUUUGGUGUGGAAGGAGAGUACAAUGUGAUGGUUAUUGAUCUCCUUGGUCCUAGCCUUGAAGACUUAUUUAACUACUGUAAUCGGAAAUUCUCACUGAAAACAGUACUCAUGCUAGCUGACCAGCUGAUUAAUCGAGUUGAGUGCAUGCACUCAAAAGGUUUCCUUCACCGUGAUAUAAAACCGGACAACUUCCUAAUGGGUCUUGGUCGAAAGGCAAAUCAGGUUUAUGUCAUUGACUAUGGGUUGGCAAAGAAAUAUAGAGACCUUCAAACUCAUAAACACAUACCCUACAGGGAGAACAAGAACCUCACGGGAACUGCACGCUAUGCAAGUGUUAAUACUCACCUUGGUGUUGAGCAGAGUAGGAGAGAUGAUUUAGAAUCUCUUGGUUACGUGCUCAUGUAUUUCCUUAGAGGAAGCCUACCCUGGCAGGGACUUAAAGCUGGCACUAAAAAACAGAAGUACGAUAAAAUUAGUGAAAAGAAGAUGCUUACACCUAUAGAGGUCUUGUGCAAGUCAUAUCCGUCAGAAUUUAUAUCUUACUUCCAAUAUUGCCGAUCCUUGCGUUUUGAGGAUAAGCCAGAUUACUCUUACUUGAAGCGACUCUUCCGUGACCUCUUUAUUCGAGAAGGUUAUCAGUUUGAUUAUGUCUUUGACUGGACUAUUUUGAAGUAUCCUCAGAUAGGUGUCAAUCCACAAGUACGGUCUAGUGGAAGAACAAGCGUGGCUGUUGGAACAUCUCAUGAAAGGGCCGAAAGAACUACAAUGGGACAGUUGUUUCGCGAAAAGCUCCCAGAUGCUUUUGUUAGAAAGAAUGCUUCGGACUUGGUGCACCAUAACGACAAUUCAAAGCACAAAGCACCAGACGGCAUGCCUUUGUCUUCCAAGGCCCAUGAUUCGGAGAGGCCAUGGUCAUCAUCUCGAAAUGGAAGCACUUCAAAGAGAGCGGUCAUUUCAAGCAGCAGGCCGAGCUCUUCUGGUGGGCUGCCCAGCGAGCAACAAUAUAGCCGAACAAGCCGGCUCUUCUCUAGCAGCAGCAGCCGCCCCCCGUCUGCUGCACAAAGAGUUAUUAGUCCUGCUGGGGCCGAAUCCAAAACCUCCUCUCUCUCCCGAACCGCAGCUGCUAUGAGAGGCUCCCGUGGUGAGCCUACACUUCGGAGCUUCGAGCUCCUCUCACUUGGCUCUGAUAGGAGGAAAUAAGACGAUGAGCUGUUGGAAGGGGUGUGAAGAUAUGUCUCUUUUCUUAAAAGCGGACUUGUUAUCCUUUGCUAUUAAAUCAAAUCCAAUUAAUGUGAGCAUCUUAUAACUUGGCUCUGCCCUGUUUAUAUCCUUUUCGAUAAUGGCAUGCGGAGGGAGGAAAAAGAGAGAGAGAGAGAGAGAGAGAGAGAGAGAAGAAACUUAAAAUGGCACAUCAGAGCUAAUGCUUUGACGCUAUUAAUUACUUGUUAAUUUGAGUUGAUCUGGUUGUUCCUCCAUCUAAAACAAAAUGUCUCUUUGAACAGUCUUAGUGUUUUCCUAUCUUGAUGAAACCAUGGCCGUGCAGACAAUUGUUUAUACCGGCAACUCGUGCUUCAAUAAUAAAUAAAUACCUUUGGGAUAUUCUGGUC